ACACCCACGCCCACGCUCAUCCCCCAGACUAACCAAAACCCAACCCAUACCGUGCGGAGAGACGGACGCAGGAUCCAGAAGAUACAGCACACGCCUGCCACACUUGGUAUACUGAGGGCGCUCGAUCCACAUCUGGGGCAUGCCUUGCAAUAGACGCACCCGCACCAUGUCCCCGAAGUACCAGACGAUUCUUUUCCAGUUGAACACAGGGGUGGGGCAGAGAGGAAGAGUUUCUGGGAUGGGAUUAUCAGAGACAGGGACAAGGACAAGGAGCGCGGACGUGAUAAAGAGCGUGAAACUCGUGAGAAGGAAAAGGGAAAGGAAAGAGAAGAGGGCAUAGGACGAGAUCGCGUUUGGCGUGAGGAAGAUAAUCCCUCAGACCUGACGCGCAUAAUCGGGUACCUUACGGCGACCUCAUCGGAGGACUGGGCACUCAUGCUCGAGGUCUCCGAGCGCGCAUCUGCUACUGAAUUGAAUGCCAAGGAGGCUAUGAAAGCCCUUCGGAGGGAAUUCAAAUAUGCAGAGCCUAAAUCUCAAUUAUGUGCUGCUAGGUUAUGGGCAAUAAUGCUCCGGAACGCGUCCGAUAUCUUUCUAACUCAGAUCAGCUCUCGUAAUUUUAUUGAUACUCUCGGGGACGUUUUGACAAGCUCAAAAACAAGUCCUGUCGUCAGAGAACGACUAAUGGAGGUGCUCGCAGCUGCCGCCUUUAUCACUAGUUCACGUCCCAGCCCCUCGCCCAAAUCUGGACCAUUGCCUUUCUCGCUUAAAGAUCGCAACCGUUAUGGAGAUAGUUUCCGUGCCCUGUGGACCCGAUUGAAACCCGCUGAUAAGCCUGAUGUGGGGAUUCCAUUCGACACCGAGAGCGAUAUGUUUAGCCCCCCUAUAGUUACUACGCGUCCACCAAUAGAGGAGCGGCCGUCGAGGAAGAGUCUCCACCAGCGCGGUGUCGUUCCUCUAGAAGAGGACAUGAAGCGCCUGUUUCAGGAAUGCAAGAUUGCGAAAGGAAAUGCGACUAUCCUUAGCGAGAUGCUUGCAUACGCGAAACCAGGUCAAAUGGAAGGGAGCCUGGUACCGGUGCGUGAUUUCUCAGUUAACCCAUGAUCCUCAUUUUGUCAGUUUGCCACAUCACCUUUGCGUGACAU